UCCCAGGUAGCCAGGCUGCAUUUGUAAGCAAUGGAAUCUAAUCUUGGUGCACCAAUCCAGCCCUGUUUAUAUGUUUAACGGGUUCCCACGUAAUUCGUUCUUCUUUUGUCUUCAUUCUCAAGACUUAACCAGGUUUUAUGAAUCUACUGAAGCAAACAGGUCAAAUCAAAGCCUUAUCUCUCCGCUCCACUUCUCUUGCACUCAACUCCAUAUGCUGUUGCUCAGAUAAAUUCAGGGGAUGAUCACUAAGUGGUCCUCAAGUUUGUGUCACAUGGGCUUCUAUUGUUGUCGCCAUCUUUAUUGAUUUUUUUUUUUCAAGUCAUAAUCCAAAAAAUAAUUCCUCACUUUCUUUAGUAAUAAAAAAUUAAUUUUUUUAUUAUAUAAUAUGAUAUCAGCGAACGCAAGUCAGCAUGAGUCUUCUCCGAACCAACGCUUUAAAAUCGCCUGCUAAGUGGUAACUUCCCCUUUCAAAGAGCCACUACAGAGAUAGCGAAUGAGAGAAGAAGAAGAACCCAUGUUUGAGACAAGCCAUGUCCUGGGUGGUCUGUUGGUGUCCACUCCUAUACUCCCUCGUGCAUGGAAGCAAUGCAUGCUGGCCAACUCCACCAACACCGCCUUCUUUGUUCAGCAAGUGGACGAUGUUGUCUAUGUUGGAUUCUCUGCGGUGCAGGCCAUGUCAUCUGUCGCCGGUGUGCCGGAUGGCCGCUUCUUCUCAGCCGUGCCAGUUGGACAUGGCUUCUUCUCUCCGUUGGUUAGGGAGGAAGAUGAUGGAGAGCCACUUCUUUUCCAUGCUUCUUCUCUCCACUUGUUUAUGGCUUUGUGUAAUUCCCCUCAGUUCCAGAUGCUAGCAAAUGAGGUGCAAAACAAGGCUGUGAUAUUCACAGGCCACUCUGUGGGUGGAUCACUGGCUUCCCUGGCUGCACUCUACUUCCUUUGCUUGGCAUCUUAUUCAAAUUCUCUGGCACCGGCUUCUCUCUUGUGUGUCACAUUUGGUAGCCCAUUACUGGGCAAUGAGGCGUUAGCUCUAGCCAUUCUCAGAGAACGUUGGGGGGACAAGUUCUGCCAUCUUGUAGCACAGCAUGACAUAAUGCCCAGGCUUCUCUUCUGUCCACCAAAUUCCAUCGACCCCCAACUAGUUGCACAUAUGUUACAGUCAUGGCAGUUGGCCAUGCGGUAUCCUCACCUUGUGAAGAAUACCAUAAUGCAGUUCUCUGAUGAAGAGAAGGAAGGCUUAUUUCAGUUUGUUGCUAUGCAUGUUGAUAAAGCGGCAACAGAGACUCAUGGAAGCUUGUAUAAACCAUUCGGUAGUUAUGUUAUGUGCUCAAAGGAAGGUGCUGUCUAUGUUGAUAAUUCAGAUGUGGUGUUGCGCCUGCUCUACUUGACAUUCGCAGCAGGAUGUGGGGAUCAUAGUGUUGAGGAUGAGCACCUCUUUUACGGUGAUUUGCUUGUUACAAUCACACAACAGUUACUGGUAAAGAAGCAGUUCUUUAUCCAAGAGGAGGCUCCAAAAUCAUAUUAUAGUACAGGAGUUCAACAAGCCCUUGGAGCAUUAGGCAUUGGAUUUCAGGAUAUGGAGGCAGUGGAGGCUCAAGAAUGCUUGAGGAUAUCAAAGAGAAUGUGGCAAAACCCGAACUUGAAAUGCGCAAACUUGGCAAUAAAGCUAGCGAAGGUGACACCAUGCCGUGCGCAAAUUGAAUGGUACAAGGCAUCCUGUGACGAUGAUAUGGGCUACUAUGAUACAUUCAAGCAGCGAAAGGCAUCCAAGAGAGAAUUCAAAGUGAAUAUAAACCGUAUUAAGCUAGCUCAGUUCUGGAAUGAAGUCAUUAACAUGUUGCAGGACAACCUAUUGCCAAGUGACUUCGACAAGAGAGCCAAGUGGGUGAAUGCCUCUCAAUUCUACAUGCUCCUUGUUGAGCCACUGGACAUAGCUGAAUACUAUAAGACUGGAAUGCACAAGAGGAAAGGACACUACAUAAGUCAUGGGAGGGAGAGGAGGUAUCAAGUGUUUGAUAAAUGGUGGAAAACUAGGAAUAAGUACACUGUGGACACCAAGAGGAGCAAAUAUGCAGGGUUAACUCAGGAUUCAUGCUUUUGGGCCAAAGUGGAAGAGGCCAGAGAGUGGAUGGAAGAAGUUAGGAGGGGGAGAGAUGCAACAGGAUUAACUGAUCUUUGUCAGAAGUUAAUUAGUUUUGAAUUUUAUGCGAAGGAACUAAUCAACAGAAAGGAAGUCUCUAUAGAUGUACUAGCUCCAAGAUCAAGCUAUACAUUAUGGAAUGCAGAGUGGAAUAGUUUGAAAGCAGAGCUAGGCUUAAAAUCCAACCUCGACAUUGGAUUUUUGUAAAUGAGUUGGUAAUUACUACACUACGCUUGUGUGGUGUUUCCAUGUUCUACAUAUAUACACACAUAUCUUGAUGUAUGUAUAUAUAUAUAUAUAUACCUUCAGACGUGUUACUAUUGAUUUCUUUUACAAUGA